AUGCCUGGACUUGCUGAUCCAGAUAUUCUAGCAGUAAACGACGAUUUAUUCUACCUGACGGGUACUUCUGAUGCCAUGAGUUUACCAAUCUUUCAAUCUACGGAUCUGAUCAAUUUUCAGCUAAAAAUUACAUAUAAUCCUUCACUUUCCGAUUCUAUGUAUCAUUACUGUUAUAUUUGGGCACCUGACCUCUCAAAACGUGGUACCGGUUACGAUUUAUACUUUUCUGCUCAACGUGUAUUGAAAGGUACACAUUGUCCAGCAAACGGACAAGAUGUUACUACAUUCUUCGCAAGAGCCUCUGACGAUAAUCUCAUCUUUAGUGUACCGGUGCUAGUGGAUUUUGGAAAUGGGGCUCCUAAAGGAAGAAUUGCCGCAGGUUGUAAUAGUGAUGGAUGUUUGAAGACAGUUCGAAUUGAUUCUGCCGUUGUUGGACCGGAGAAUAAUCGUUGGUUUUUUUAUGUAUGGUUCUCAGAUGGAAAUAAUAUAGCUGCAUUUCCAUUUGCUACACCAUCUACUUUGGUUGCAAAUGCUGGACCCGCUUCUUUUUCUAUUCCUUCCAGUGAAGAAAAAAUCAAUGAAGCACCUGAAGUAUUUUGGCGUGAAGGACAAUAUUAUUUCUUCAUAAGUACAGCAUUCUUCGACAGUCAAUAUGCUAUGUCUUAUGUAAUAGCACCGACUAUUGCCGACCUAACACGCAAACGUGCAGUACGUAUUCAUUCGAUUGCACAACGAAACUCAGCAGGAAAACUGGUUCAAAGUCAUGGACAUAAUUCUAUAGUUGUGAGACGUGGUCAGUUCUUUAAUGUAUUUCAUCAAGGUAUUUUUGAUAGUACAGGACGUCUGAUUGAAAGAAGUACUUUUAAACAACGUCUUGCUUUUCGACCAGAUGGAACAAUAUACACAUUGAACACAGUCAAUAUUCGUUGGACUCAACUUCCUUUAUACCAAUAUUCCAUCGAUGUUGUGAAGAAAGAUGGCUCCGCAAUAGGUCCAUGUAUUAGUGUAGCUCGCAUAGGAGCAACACUAAGAACAACAUAUGUUGGUAUAUGUCCGGAUAGUGGUAACCAAUUAGUAGAUAAAGGUGAUAUUGCUGCGUUCAGAUUAUUUUAUUCCAGGAACAAUAUAUGGAAAGAUUUCGUCGAAGUAAAAUAUGAUGGCGUAUCGGAUCAAUUAGCCUUUUACCUACCAGGUGGCAUUACCAAACAAAUAGCUCUACGUUGGAAUGAACGUAUAACAGGUACCAGAUAUUCUCUAGAUGUUCGACGUCGAGAUGGAACUUGGAUUGCUCCUUGUGUUGGUGAUGCAAUUAUCGGUAACAAUGUUGAAUAUGUCUUCGAUGGUAAUUGCCAGACAGCCAAGAUUUUUAUUGAACCCACUGAUAUUUCGUACAUUCGAAUGUGUUCUGCUAUUAACGAUGAUUGGGCGAGAGCAAUCUGUGGUGGUGUAGCGUAUGAUGGCAUGAUGAUCAAUGUAUUCGUUAAUAUUCCAUAA